AUGAGUUUUCUCAGCCUGACUCACGGUCUUCAAGGAAUCCAAAGGCCAAAACCAAACCUCUCUUCAAUGAACACCCUAAACAACAUACCCUUUAUCCUCCUCCUUUUCAUACCGUUCUCAGUUUCAUUCUCUCCCACAGAAAACUUUCUUCUCAGUUGUGGAGCACACAACAAUGCCUCCCUCUUUAACAGAGUCUUCAUGGGCGAUUCCACCAACCCAGGUUCCAAUUUUCUCUCUUCAGAUGAUUCAGUUUCACUCGCAUAUCAAAAGCCACCUCAGAAUUUGCCCACUCUGUACCACACAGCAAGAGUUUUCAGCAACACUGGGAGUUACAGGUUCAACAUGAAGAAAAACGGCACCAACUUGGUGCGUUUUCAUUUCUCCCCCUUCAAGGCUCAAAGUUUUGAUCUAAAAUCAGCAAAUUUUAGUGUCUAUGUUAAUGGGGUUUCGGUACUGAGCAAUUUCCAGCCACCUAAUGAUGUGCUUCUCAAAGAGUUCAUUCUAAACAUAGAGUCAAACUUUCUUGAGAUUUUGUUUAGACCUGUUGGUGACUCAGGUUUUGCCUUUGUCAAUGCUUUGGAGGUGUUUACUGCCCCUGUGGAUUUUGUUAUAGAUUCUGGAGCCAGGUUGGUCGGUCCCUCUGGGGUGGAAGAGUACAGAAACCUUUCAUCCCAGGUUUUGGAAACUGUUCAUAGGAUCAAUGUUGGGGGUUUGAAAAUAACUCCGUUCAAUGACACCCUUUGGAGGACUUGGAUUCCUGAUGAGGAUUAUUUGGAUUUCAAGGGUGCAGCAAAGCCUGCAGUGAGCACUCACAUACCAAAUUACCAGAAGGGAGGUGCAACUAGAGAGAUAGCACCUGAAAAUGUUUACAUGACUGCUCAACAAAUGAAUAGGGAAAACUCAAGUUUGGCAUCAAGGUUCAACAUAACCUGGAACUUCCCUGUCUCUCCUGGUGGUGUUCCACACUUGGUUCGGUUGCAUUUCUGUGAUAUCGUUAGUCCUGCUCUCAACUUGCUCUACUUUGAUGUGUACAUCAAUGGGUACAUUGCAUACAAGGAUCUUGAUUUGUCCGCCCUUACCACCCACAUGCUUGCAUCUCCUGUCUACGUGGAUUUUGUUACAAAUUCAGAUUACUCGGGUUUUGUUCAAGUGAGUGUUGGUCCUUCUGAGCUCAGCACUUCAAUAAGGAUGAAUGCCAUAUUGAAUGGUGCAGAGAUAAUGGAGAUGGUCAAUAAUGUCAGUACUAAUGUUGUGCAUAGGAGGAAGAAUUUGUGGGUGUUGGUGGGUUCAGUUGUUGGAGGAAUUGUUGUUUUGUUUCUAGUUGUAACUGCUUUUGUACUUGGUACCAAAUGCAGGAACAAGAAACCAAAACAAAGGACAUUGGAAAGUGUUGGAUGGACACCUUUAAGCAUGUUUGGAGGGAGUUCCCUCAGUAGAAGCUCUGAGCCUGGUUCUCAUGGACUUCUUGGCCUGAAGAUCCCUUUUACUGAAAUACAAUCAGCAACAAACAACUUUGAUAGAAAUUUGAUUAUAGGUUCUGGUGGGUUUGGUAUGGUCUACAAGGGAGUGUUCAGAGACAAUAUGAAGGUUGCUGUAAAGAGAGGCAUGCCAGGGUCCAGACAAGGCCUUCCUGAGUUUCAGACUGAGAUAACAGUUUUGUCCAAAAUUCGACAUCGCCACCUUGUUUCACUAGUUGGUUUCUGUGAAGAAAACUCAGAAAUGAUACUUGUCUAUGAGUAUGUUGAAAAGGGUCCUCUGAAGAAGCAUUUAUAUGGCUCAUCACGACAGCCACCUCUCUCUUGGAAGCAGCGUCUUGAAAUAUGCAUUGGUGCGGCCAGAGGUCUUCACUAUCUUCACACUGGCUUUGCUCAAGGAAUCAUCCACCGUGACAUUAAAUCAACCAACAUAUUACUUGAUGAAGACUAUGUGGCCAAGGUUGCUGACUUUGGUCUUUCAAGGUCAGGGCCAUGCAUCAAUGAAACACAUGUCAGUACUAAUGUGAAAGGUAGUUUUGGUUAUCUUGAUCCUGAGUAUUACCGGAGGCAGCAGCUUACAGAUAAGUCAGACGUUUAUUCAUUUGGGGUUGUGCUUUUUGAGGUUCUUUGUGGCAGACCUGCUGUUGAUCCACAAUUAGCAAGAGAACAGGUGAAUUUGGCAGAAUGGGCACUUGAAUGGCUGAAGAAAGGCAUGCUGGAGAAAAUUGUUGACCCCCAUCUUCUUGGACAGAUCCAACAAGACUCCUUAAAAAAAUUUUGUGAAACCGCAGAGAAAUGUUUGGCUGAGUAUGGUGUUGACAGGCCAGCUAUGGGUGAUGUCUUAUGGAAUUUGGAGUAUGCACUUCAGCUCCAAGAAAGUGUACAUCAAAGGGAGCCACAUUCCAACAGCAGUGCUAGUGGAGCUGUGAGUGUGACAAAUACAGUUAUUCCUGGAAAUCCUUCUACCAACACAAGAGCAGCUAGGGAUUAUGAUAAUUUUUCUUCAGAUGUAAGUACUAGCCAAGUGUUUUCCCAGCUAAUGAACAAUGAAGGCAGAUAG